AAUAGAGAAGAGGAAGCAGAAUUCUUGGAUGAAGAAGGUAUGAGGAAAUAUCAAUAAAAAAAAAAAAAUAAAGAGCUCCAUUUAACAGAAGAAUUAGAACAAGAAAAACUAAUUCAGGAGCUUCGAGAACAAAACGAUUCAGCAAAUUUAAAAAUUCAGGUUGGAUUAAUAUUUAUUGGUUGCAUGUUAUCCAUAUUGUAAAUCACACCUAAUGUGCCAUCUUUUCAAAUAUAAUAACAUGGUUUAUAAUAGGUUUUUUAUUUUAUUAUUUCAAAAAGGUUUACCAAUAAUUAUACCAAUAUCACGAUUAUAUCAGCCAACAGAAUUAGUUAUAAACUCACCUAAACUUGCAAUUAUUACGAGUGUUUUAUCUAUUUUUAUGUCUAUCUUUACAUUGGUUUUAUCGUCAAGAAUUCAACUCUGUUCACAGCAGAUCAGUAAAAUUAAGGAAAAAAUACCCUUAAAAUAUACAGUCAUAGUAACUGUUUUAACUGGAUCUAUAGCACCUAUUAUGUCCCUUGAUACCACUUUAAUUGAAUUUAUAUUUUGGUCAAUACCAUUCAUGUUGAGUAUUAUGUAUUAUAUAUCCUUCUAUAUGAUAAAUCAAGUGUAUGAAGGCCUUGACGAAUUAGAAGGCUCUAAAUACAAAUAUAAAGGUGCUUAAAAAAAAAAAAUUGAAGUAGCUUAGUGACAAUAAAAU